AUGGAGUCCUGCCGUAUCCCCAUCGAGCUCUGCGAAUCCAUCAUGGACGCAGUGUCCGAACACGAGGCACUCCAAUUCGAUUGGCUCGUCGGUCUAGAGUGGCAGGACACUCUCUGCGCGUGUGCCUUGACCUGUCGCGCAUGGCGCGCUCGAGCACAGCACCUCCUCUGGAUCUCUCCCCGCCUAGUGGACACCCGCCGCGUCGCCCUCAUCACUGCUGCUCUCCCUACCGCCCCUAGAUCACUCACCACCACGCUCGUUCUCUCACGACUCGACCUCUCUUCUACAAGCGAGCUCUUCAUGCACUCAUUCCCCAAUUUGCGACAAUUGUCCUGCCACCGGGUGUCCUUUGAGCGCGGACCUCCCCUUCAGAUUCUCCGCAUGCGCCUCCCGUUUUUUGACAGCAUCCCCAUUCUACACAUGCGGAACUGUAGUUUCCGCUCGUUGAGGGCGACACUGGAUGUGAUAUGGGCCUUUCCCAACCUUUCCUCUUUGCGGCUGGGCAUGUCUGAGUGGACGAAGCUCCGUCACGGCGCAGGAAACGGGCAUCUAUCCACCAUUUGCGAACAUCGACGAGCAUGCCGGAAACUCACGCACUUAGCAUUAGACCGGAACAUCCUAGAGCAAGUACAGCUCUCCGGAAACGUCUUUGGCCACGCCGUAACAAACUUGGAAAUCGGGAUGCCCAGUCGUGCGGCGUUCCUCAGCAGCUUUCUCACAAACUCCUUCCCCGCUCUGCACUCGAUCUACCUCUGGAACGACCUGACAACAAUGUCCGAAGACUGCGAGACGCCGUCAUGUCUACACGUAAUCGCCGCAAGCCGAGCAACACCCGGCACGCUAAAGAAAAUAGUCAUCGACGAGUUUCAUCACUGGAAGACGGACAAGUGCUGCCGGGACAUGGUGCGCACGAGCGGAGAGGUGGGCGGUUCGCAGCAUCGACUACGAGAGCUGCUGGUUGGCCUGGAAGAACUCACGACUCGCCUGAACGAAUGUAGGGCCCCGGAGAGAUGCGCCGCGGUCAUCCAUUCCGCUCUGUCUAGCAUGGGCGACGUCCUGAGAUUCGAGUACCGCACGUCCCAUUCUGACCCUUGGAUCAAGUACACGUUGCCGGCUACCCAGUGA